ACAAAAGACAAAAGGAAAUGCAGAGAAAGGAGUUUCACGAGAUUCCGAGAUUUGCAGUGACUUGAUGGUGACUGUUCUGCUUUCCACUUUCUGAUCAAAAUGCCAACAACAAUAUAAACCAAAGUUCGAGUACACGGCUAUGGAUUAACAGCGCUAACAUUCCCGAUCUGAAUCAGGAACAAGGACGAACACUACACCACCGACGGCGAAGAUUUCCAACAACGAAAUCAUAAAGGGGCUUCUAAAUGAGCGGCGAAAAGGUUGUGGCAUCUUCUGGAGCUUCUUCGGGCUCUGUGGACGUCGUUAAGGGCAUCAAUGGCCUUGAUAAAGUCGUCCUUCGCGAUCCUCGUGGUAGUUCUGCUGAGGUAUAUUUAUAUGGGGCCCACGUGACAUCUUGGAAGAAUGAUCAUGGGGAAGAGAUGCUUUUUGUUAGUAACAAGGCCAUUUUCAAGCCUCUAAAACCGAUUCGUGGAGGGAUUCCGAUAUGUUUUCCUCAAUUUUCAAAUCUUGGUCCUCUUGAGGCACAUGGAUUUGCUAGAAUAAGACUUUGGAGCAUUGAUAAUAAUCCACCUCCUCUUCAAACGAAUACCUCCAGUAAGACUUUUGUUGAUCUAAUCCUAAAGCCCUCUGAAGAGGAUGCAAGGGUUUGGCCUCAUAGUUAUGAGUACCGUCUGAGGGUAUCUCUAGGACCUUCUGGAGAGCUAUCAUUGACAUCACGUGUUAGGAAUACCAAUGCAGAUGGAAAGCCUUUCUCGUUCACAUUUGCUUAUCACACUUACUUCUCAGUAUCAGACAUAAGUGAAGUUCGGGUGGAAGGUUUGGAGACCUUGGACUAUCUUGACAACUUGCAGAGUAGAGCGCGUUUUACUGAACAGGGGGAUGCUUUAACUUUUGAAUCAGAAGUGGACAAGAUAUUUCUUAGCUCUCCAUCUAAGAUUGCAAUUCUGGAUCAUGAGAAGAAAAGGACUUUUGUAGUUCGAAAAGAAGGACUUCCAGAUGCUGUGGUCUGGAAUCCUUGGGAUAAGAAAGCAAAGGCAAUAUCUGAUUUUGGAGAUGAAGAGUACAAGUACAUGCUGUGUGUGGAGGCUGCAGUUAUCGAAAAGCCAAUCGCUCUGAAACCUGGCGAGGAAUGGAGAGGAAGACUGGAGCUUUCUGCUGUUCCUUCAAGUUACUGUAGUGGCCAACUUGAUCCUCAGAAAGUCCUCCACGGCAUCUAAAAAGUUCAUCAUUCUGUUCAGUUCACAUGUAUCAGUUGCAGGUAAUUGUUUUAAAUAACCAGUGGAUCUAGGCAAGACAAUCUGCCCUCUCUUUUUCUUGUUUAUUUUCCAUAUUUUGGAUUGGAAGAUAGAUUUUGGAGAAGAGAGUAAAAUGAACAGUAAGUGGUCCUUUGUGGAUGGCUAUGGCUUCAUGAGUUGAGUGUCUGAAACUUAGUAUAUUUUCCGGCAAAUGGUUAUUUACAGUUUCCAUUUUGUCACCAAUUCAGUGUUUAUCUGAUGAACACUUUAUUUUGAUGGUCUGGUUGUUCAGUGAUAACUUCUGUGUUUUACUAGUUUUGUUCUCUACAUUCAGAUGAUUUUAAGUAAAGAAAAAAGGACCCAUUUUAUAGGGAGUUCCUUUUUGAA